CUUGUUUCUAUGGACACUGUGGUUGACUAGCUACUAGUAAAGGUGUUGUAAAGCAAGUUAAAAUACACGUUUUAGAGUAUCCCAGACACAGCGAUGGGGAUAUCAUUGACCAGGGCUGCCCAAUGGACCAUGGUCAGCUCCAGUACUGCAAAGCUGGCAUCCACACCAAUGAAUGAGUCCUUGUUGAAAGAAAUCCUGCACUUUGUGGAGCACUUUAGUUCCCAACACCCACAGGAAGCUGAACAUGUGUUUGAGGAGCCACUCCAGUGGAGUACCACUUUAGUGCCGUCUGAUUUCAAAACAGACUACGACAUCAGUGACUCAGAUGUUCAGUCCCACGAAAGAGAUAGUGAGGGCCAUCCACUCCUGCAGCUCUCUCCACCGACUGUUUAUGUACGCAGCUUCAGCCAGCUCUCUAAACUGCUUCAUCUGGCAGAUGAUAAGAAGUUGGUGGAGGUUCGGGCAUGUCUAGAAGAAAACAAAGAGCCCCUGGUUAAGAUUCUUGGUAGGAGCUUUUCCUCUGACCUGGCGAUAGAAGCCCAUGACGAUGCAGUAAGUGUGGUAGACAGGACGAAGGAGGAAGGCUUAUCUAAGGACUUGGAGGUCAAGGUCAAACUGUUUCAGUUGUUCCAAGACAUGGACAAACAGAUCCUUGACAAGCUUCUUAAAGACAUAUCAGAACAAGUAAGGCUGAACCCCAAAGCAGUGAAGAAUGAAGUGGAAAUCCUUCAAAUGUUCUGCGGUGGAGGGGAUAAAGGGCUGUUGAAGUCGCUGCGAUACACAUCAGACUUUCAAUUUUCAAAUGGCUAUCGUGCCCCCCUGUGGAGACAGGUGCAGGGUGACAUUUGCUACCUUGUGAUUGAGCCCUGUGACACUGAAACCCUCUACAUUACCUGUAGCACUGCUGGGAGUUUUCUCAAUGGGGGCAUAAAACAGGAGGGGGAGGAGAAUGGAUAUGAGCGAACAAGUGAUGCUUAUGAAGACCUGGUAACACUUCUGAAGAGCAGAUCUCCACAUUUUGCUGAUAAAAUAAACCAGCAGGCUUCUGCAGUUCAAGAACUAUCAACAAAAAAGGAAAAGACUGUGAAUGAGCAACUACAGCUUGAGCUGCACACAACACGUAGGAACAUAUAUGAACCAAGACCAAGUGGUAUCUUGUCUACAUGUGGUAAAACAGAGGAAAAUAAAGGCCAUAAGAGUUCUGAAGAGGAGGAAAAAAGUCUUAGACAAGGAGCCAAGAGCAAAAUAAAAGCAGAAUUCUCUGCAUCUUCUUCACCUGGACACAUGUCCUCCCAAAAACGUAAAACAGAGGAAAAUAAACCCCUUAAGAGUUCUGAAGAUGAGCACAAAAAUCUAAGACAAAGAGCCAAGAGCAAGACGAAAGCAGAAUUAUCUGCAUCUUCUUCACCUGGACACGUGUCUUCCCAGAAACUGAAGACAUCAGCAGGAGCCCUGCCAGGGGAACUUUUCGGUGAGAGCUCCACUGAGAGUGAAGAGGAAGAGGAGCAGCCAUAUCGCCAUCCAGAGACUAACACAGACCUGCCCUCUGAAUACUGGCAAAUCCAGAAACUGGUUAAGUAUCUCAAGGAUGGUGACCAGAUAGUCACUGUUGACACUCUUUGUGCCAUGAUGGACUUUAAUUUGAUGCAGGAGUCAUGCCAAAUGGCUAUCCAGGACACAGGUGGCCUUAAAGUCCUCCUUAACUUGCUGGAUACAGAUGAACACAAAUGCAAAAUCGGAUCUCUAAAAAUACUGAGAACCAUCAGCCACAACUCGCAAAUCCGUCGGGUUAUUGUUGACAUGAAAGGCGUGCAGAGCAUAGUGAAGAUCCUGGACUCACCAGUCAAGGAACUGAAGGCCUUAGCUGCCGAGACCAUCGCUAACGUGGCCAAGUUCCGCAGAGCAAGAAGAAAUGUCAGGUUAUAUGGUGGUAUCAAUAAACUGGUAAAGCUGCUGGACUGCCUUCCUAAUUUCGCCAGCCUUACUCCCAGCCAGGAGGAGGAUAUAGAGGUGGCCUGUUGUGGGGCUUUAGCAUUAUGGAGCUGCAGCAGGAGCACCAAGAACAAGAAGGCCAUUCGGAAGGCUGGGGGUAUCCCUCUGCUGGGACGCCUGCUCAAGUCUCCACUUCAGAAAAUGCUUAUUCCAGUGGUUGGCACCCUACAGGAAUGUGCUUCAGAGGAGAGCUACAGGAAUGACAUUCAGACUUUAGGCAUGAUCAAAGAUUUGGUCAGAAACCUAAGCAGUGACAACGAUGAGCUACAAAUGCACUGUGCCAGUGCUAUCUUUAAGUGUGCAGAGGAUAAGCAAACCCGUGACCUGGUGCGCAAGUAUAAAGGUCUGCAGCCACUGGUCUCACUGCUGCAUAAAGCAGACAACAAGCAACUUCUGGCUGCUGCUACCGGAGCAAUAUGGAAAUGUUCCAUAAGCCAGGAGAAUGUAACUAA